AACACUGUUCAAUGGAAGCCGCUCGAGAAAGCUAUCGAUCAAAAGUACUCAUGUGAUUCUCAAUCGAUAUACAGGAAAUAUCACGAGACGUCAGAACGUCAGAAUUAGUCACCUGACGAGGGAGUGUAUGGAGUGCGAGGGCGAGUUUCGCCCGUUUUAUUAAUUUGUAUUGAAGUGUUUGACGUAUUUGGAAUAUUUGGCAGUAGCAAAAUGGGGUCUCUUUUCCGAAGCGAAGAAAUGACAUUAUGUCAACUUUUUUUGCAAAGUGAAGCAGCUUACGCAUGUGUUUCGGAAUUAGGAGAAUUGGGAUUGGUACAAUUUCGUGAUUUGAAUCCUGAUGUGAAUGCAUUUCAACGCAAGUUUGUGAAUGAGGUAAGGAGGUGUGAUGAAAUGGAACGAAAACUUCGUUACUUAGAAAAAGAGAUCAAAAAAGAUGAAAUUCCUAUGCUGGAUACUGGAGAAAACCCUGAAGCUCCCCAACCCCGAGAGAUGAUUGAUUUAGAGGCUACAUUUGAGAAGUUGGAGAAUGAAUUACGUGAAGUUAAUCAGAAUGCUGAAGCUCUUAAACGUAAUUUUCUUGAGCUUACUGAGCUGAAACACAUACUUCGCAAAACACAGGUUUUCUUUGAUGAGGCUGAUUAUGGCCUCUACUACCCAUACUCCUCGCAGAUGGCAGAUCCCAGCCGGGAGGAGGAACAGGUGACGCUGCUCGGCGAGGAGGGUCUCCGAGCUGGUGGACAACCCAUGAAACUGGGUGAAGAAAUGCAGGAGGGGGGAGUGAAUCCAACUGAGUCUAUGACAAGGGCUCUGAUUAGUGAUGACUCAAUUGCUCGACAAGCUCCAUCAGGCCCAGUCCAGUUAGGCUUUGUAGCUGGUGUCAUUCUGAGGGAAAGAAUUCCUGCUUUUGAACGGAUGCUCUGGCGAGCAUGUCGUGGAAAUGUAUUUUUGCGUCAGGCAGAAAUCGAAACUCCUUUGGAAGAUCCAUCAAAUGGAGAUGAAGUUUUUAAAUCUGUGUUCAUCAUAUUCUUCCAAGGUGAUCAAUUGAAAACUCGUGUAAAAAAAAUUUGUGAAGGAUUUCGGGCAACCUUGUACCCUUGUCCAGAAGCUCCAGCUGAUAGGCGAGAAAUGGCUAUGGGUGUAAUGACACGUAUUGAGGAUCUGAACACAGUUUUGGGACAGACUCAAGACCAUCGACAUCGUGUACUUGUUGCUGCUGCAAAAAAUAUAAAAAAUUGGUUUGUCAAAGUUCGUAAGAUAAAGGCUAUUUACCACACAUUAAACAAUUUUAAUUUAGAUGUUACCCAGAAAUGUCUAAUUGCUGAGUGUUGGGUGCCUGUCCAAGACUUGGAAACAAUACAAUUGGCUCUUCGCAGAGGGACAGAAAGAAGUGGAAGCUCUGUACCUCCAAUAUUAAAUAGAAUGGACACAUUUGAGGACCCUCCAACCUACAAUCGAACUAAUAAAUUUACAAGUGCUUUUCAAGUUCUUAUUGAUGCUUAUGGUGUUGCAACAUAUCGUGAGGUCAAUCCAGCUCCCUACACCAUUAUUACUUUUCCCUUCCUCUUUGCUGUAAUGUUUGGUGAUGUGGGACACGGCUUGAUUAUUUUCUUGUUUGGGCUGUGGAUGGUGUUGAAGGAAAAACCUCUUGCUGCUAAAAAAUCAACAAAUGAGAUUUGGAAUAUUUUCUUUGGUGGCCGUUAUGUUAUCUUGCUGAUGGGUGCUUUUUCAAUGUAUACUGGUCUUAUUUAUAAUGAUAUGUUUUCUAAAUCUUUAAACAUAUUUGGUUCUUAUUGGUAUGUUGAUUAUAAUGUAUCAACAAUUCAUGGAAAUGGAAACUUGCAGUUGGACCCAAAAUCUAUGUAUGUUAAUCAUCCAUAUCCUUUUGGAAUGGAUCCUAUUUGGCAGCUUGCAGAUAAUAAAAUCAUUUUCUUAAAUGCCUACAAGAUGAAGAUCUCAAUAAUUUUUGGUGUGGCACACAUGUUGUUUGGAGUGUCAUUGAGUUUGUGGAAUAAUCAUGCACAUAAUGAAGAUAUUGAAGUAACUCCAUAUUGUGCUCCAUCAAUCCUCAUCACUUUUAUUAAUAUGUGUCUAUUUAAAAAGGGUACUCCUUUGCCCAAAUGCCCUGAAUGGAUGUUUCCUGGUCAGGGUGGUCUUCAGCAACUGUUUCUUAUCAUUGCUCUUCUCUGCAUCCCAUGGAUGUUGCUGGCCAAGCCAUUAUUGAUAAUAAGAGGUCAACGUAAACAACACAUGCCUUUGACAAAUUCUAGUAAUCAUCAUGCACCAGGUACAGAACCAGAGAAUACCGACUUGGAAUCUCAGACAGUUGCUUUACCACACAAAGAGGAAGAAGACAAUAAUAUUGGAGAAAUUAUGAUUCACCAAGGCAUUCAUACCAUUGAAUAUGUUUUGGGUUCUGUAUCUCAUACUGCCUCAUACCUAAGACUUUGGGCUCUCUCAUUGGCACAUGCACAACUUUCAGAAGUGCUGUGGAAAAUGGUGUUAGGAAAUGCAAUGAAAAUGCAAGGCUGGGCAGGGGGUAUUGCUGUAUGGAUUAUUUUUGCCUUUUGGGCGGUAUUAACCAUUGGCAUCCUUGUACUUAUGGAAGGUUUAUCUGCUUUUCUCCAUACCCUACGUUUACAUUGGGUGGAGUUCCAGAGCAAGUUCUACAGUGGUCUUGGUUAUACAUUCCAGCCAUUUUCAUUUGAGGUAAUUCUGGAAAGUGCUGCACAAAAUGACGAAUAAUGUUAUUACUAUAUAGAUUUAUUGUUAGUUCUGUCUUUUUGGAAAAGGGCUACAGGCUUUAAUAUGUAGUCAGAAACCUACUUCUGUUGUAAUGUCUAAGAAUUGUAAAAAUAAGUGUAGAUUCUGUUGUAUGAAUUGUGUUGUUCCUCUCAAGUCAGUGAAACUUGUAAGUAGUUUUUUCCAAGUGUGAUUUCCACUGAUAUUAUCUUCUUGUUAAGGAAUGAAUGUACAUUAGUUUAACUGGCUAAUGGCAUGGUCUGAGCUGUGUUAACGUACAGUUACAUAGAUGAAGCUGUAUGCUUGUGCAUUCAUUUCACCAAUAUUAUGUAAGUGAUGUGGGAAAUGCCAAAAAUAGAUUUUUUAUUAAUUUUAAGUUUUCUUGUUAGUGUAUGAUUGGUAAAUAUUCUUGUGGUGCAUUUGCAGUUAUGAAAUAUGGUACCAUGUCAUGUACUGUGUACUUAAAUGUAAUUAUAUAUAGUAAAAUAAAUAAUUAUAGCUGUUCAGGAACCAAUUGUUGGUUUCAUGGUAUAAAGUUGCUCUUGUGUUUCGGUACAUGGGAGAAUAGUUUGUUAAAAAGAGAAAAGUAUAUAGAUCUGAAUAUCAAUGUAUGCUUCAGUUUCAUAGUAUAAAAGUAGAAAAUCGAUAGUGUUAGGUAUAAAUGUUAUAAAAGUAAUUGUUUUCAAAAAAAGUCUUGUUCUAACAGGAAGAACAUUAUAAUUGCAUUUAUGGGCUCAGAAAGCAAGACAGUAUAGUGUGUCAGGAAUUUGUCAUCCCAACAGUAUUAAACUUACAUGAUUUUUGGCAAUUUUGCUUGGAUCUACAUGUGUAUAUGUAUAUUGUAAUUUUUUAAUCCAGAUGUAAAAUGAAAUUGUCAUGUUUUGUGGGGUGUAUGAUAGUUUGAUAUUUAUGGAAUUAUAUUAAUUUGUUAAGGUGCACAUACCCAUUGUAUGAUAUGUAAUUUGCCAGGAAAAAGAAGUGGAACUGAAACUUCAUUCCUUUUGCAUGUGAUUUAUUUGUUGGAAUAUAUUUAAUAAAUUGUAAAGAGCAUGUACUUAUACAUUGUUUAUACUGGAACCUUAUUCACAAAAUUGAUGGCCAAUCAAAUAUCAGUUUGGAGGAGUAGAAACCAGAUUGUUUCAGGAGUAUACCUGCAUACAGAAUUUAAAAAUUUGAUUUCAUGAAUGAUAAACUGGAUGAUUAAUUUGGUAAAGGUCUCUCUCAUAUGUCAUUAAAAUAAUUUGAAAUUAGUGACUGACAGACACUUAUGAUCCUGCGCCAUUGAAUGUAUUCCUACAAGACCAUUCUAUCCUCAUUGCAGUAAUUUCAUUCUUUGCUUUAAAUUUGUGAGAGUGCCUUUUGGAAUCCAAUACAUUUUAAACUGGAUGCAUUUAUAAAAAUGCAAGGUAACAUGAUCAUUGGUAUAAAAUUAUGUAAUCACAAGAUAUCGCAAGAAUUUGACACUUGUCCUUAGGUCCAAGAGAAGGUACUUUGCUUCACAAUCUUAUAUGGAAGAAUCUUUCUGGAAAUUUUGAAAGUUUUGCACCUAUUUCAUGACUUUGAGGUAUCCUGCCAACCCUGAAAUGUAGUUUCCAAAAGGAAGAGGUAGAAAAUUUGAUAAAACAAUUUCACAUUAAUUUUGUCAGACACCCAAAUUGAACAAAUUUUUUAUUGUGUUAACAUUUUACAAUUUAGUUAGUACAGAUUUUACAUAUUACUGCCAGUUAGAACUUACCAUAAAAUAGGUACAAAAAAGUGCCAAUACAUGACGUUUGCGCAAUGCAGAAAAUGCCUUUUAAAUGCUUUGUGGCAACUUUAAUUUUUAAAUGCAAUAAAAGAACAAAAAUGAUGUUUGUGACAAAGUAAAAAUUUUUUAGUAAUUAUUUUACAUUUGUAUAAUUUUCUUACAACAGUAACUUUUAUAUUAUAAAAUACUUUUACACUUCACUGAUGGAAUUGUAUAAUGAAAGAAAAGUUUUUAUAAUAAAUAUAUAGUUACAACCAUUUCAUUAAUCAAAUAAAUAAACUCUUAAACUUAAUACAAUAGAACUGAAUUUUUGGGAGGGAGAAAUUAAUUUAAAUCGAUCUCGGCACUGAAUGAGUUAUUUGAAAAGCUUUUGGUUUUGGUUACAAAACAUGUAUUUUUAACAAAUUUUAUCAGUUUUUAAUAUUUUAACAUUUAAUAAUAAGUAAUACUCUUAUCAGAAAAUUGGAUCAUGGCUCAGGAUCGUAAGGAGCUUUGAUCGCACUUCAAAUAGAACCAUUUCGCGAAGUAAAUGAGCUAUUUUAAUAAACUAUUCAUUCUCUCUCUGGUCUUCGUAGCCCUGUCGUUGACCAUUACUUGGCCAUUGCCUGUUGCUCGCUUACGACUUCCUCUUAAUGACAACAUCAGUGCCCUCUAUUUCGAUCUCGUCGUACCUCCAUUUUCGGUUCCUGCGGCAUUCGUGGCCGCAUUUGCACGAGCGACACUUCGGACAAGGGAAGUGGCAGCCUGGACAGUCAUCGAUUAGGCAGUCACAUAAGUCUUCCCCAGUGCCCAGCAGCCUACCUUUGUGAUCGUACAACCUCUGCUGGCUGGGUCCACGUUUCUUCUGUUUUCUCUCCUGCUUCCGCGCUACCCUUUGACUGCUCUGAGGGUCGAAGUCUCGCAUGAAGUUUGAGUGAACGUUGAUAUCGAGCCUCCGGACGAGGGAGGCCUGGAUUUCUGUUCCACUGGUGGUUCCCGCUGAACACGCUGGUUGCAAUGGAACUUGAACUGUCUUCUCACCGGCAGGGUGUUCGCCUACAUGAACAUCGCUUUUCCGAUUUGUGUUCAUGGCAGAAUCAAAACAGGAUUUUUUUCGAUUGUACUGACACUUGAAAACCGUUUAGUGGUACCUUCGUCACGUUUUCUUCCACAGUACAACUCGAUUUCCCUAGGUCACUUCUAUGGAACGCUGGGAGUACGAGAAUUGGAAACUGGAACGAAUCGAGUUUUGUUUUAUGUGAUUACGUAAUUUUCCUUCAGCCAAUCACUUUAUAAUGUGGCGGUAAAACUAACCAAUGAGCAUUAACGUUUUUAAUGUUUGUAGAAAAAUGCAUAGUAAAUAAUAAAAACUUGAAAUCAG